CGAAGCGAGGCAGGUAUGGUUCAAAUUGGGACGAGUAUCCCGUAAUGGCGAGGCGGGGCAUAUCGUGUUUGUUUGGUAACUUGAUGCAUUUCCGGUGUGGUUGUCGUGUGGGCGCCGGGUCUGUCUCCAACAAUGAGUCGAUACCGCCGUCAUUAACCGAGGCGACUGAGCAGCAGAGUAGACCGGAAGUAGGUCGCGUCAACCAGUUGGGUUCAGCUGCGCAGUUUGGUUUGAAGGUUCAGGUUGGUGACGUAAUGGUUGAUGCAGUGAUUGAUUCGGCAGCGGAGGUCAGCCUCAUCUCAGAUCGGGUCUAUAAGGCCAUGAAGCAGCCACCUCCCAAGCAGCGUGAUGUCAAGCUGUUGAUGACAGGAAGGGAUGCCUCCAUGCAGGGUUUUGUAGUAGGCCCAGUUAAGUUAAAGAUUGGUAACUACUGGUAUCAGCAGCAUUUGUAUGUAGCCCCGACAGAUGUCGAUAUGCUACUUGGUUUCGACAUUUUGAUGAAUCCGGGCAGGGCCAUCAUCAAUAUGGCAGAGGCCACUAUUAUUUUUGAUGGGCAGGUUUUGAGCCUCGAGGGGGGAAGCCUACAGCAUACCGACCACGUGCAUGACGCAGUUACGUCCGCGUUGCCGACAGCUUCAGAAGUCGUCCGGGAUCCACAGAUGGUCACCAAUGAGUGCACUGAGCGGGACCGUGGGGGUUCUAGUUAUGUCGGUACGUUUCGCGUGCAGCGGGUGGCGGUCCAGUCUGGAGUUAGGGCCACCCCGACCGCCGGACAUGCAGAUCCGGCUGGCGUCACCGCGGAAGACAGCCGGGAGAAAGCGUCCAGUUGUGGUGUCACCGCGGCAGACCGUCGGAAAAGGGCUUCCGGUUAUGGCGUAACAUCGGAACACCGCUGGAACAGUGCGUGCGGUUACCGAUUCUCCACUAGUAACAUCAAGCUGCCGACCGUUCAAGAAGUUGUCCGUCACUUUGGGGUGUGCACCGACGAGAGCACUGAAGGAUGCAACAAUGAGACUGUAGGCGUCGAUGAUGCGGUUCCGUUGGUGCUACCAACAGUUCACGAAGUUGUCCGUCAUAUUGGGGUGUGUACCGACAUAAGCUCUGAAGGAGGCAAUGGUGAGACUGGCGGCGUCGGCGGCAGAGAAGACGAGUUCACUGAAGGCAUCGAUGAUGCGGUUCCGUUGCAGAUACCAACAGUUUGCGAAGUUGUUCGUCACAUUGGGGUGUGCACCGACAUGAGCACUGUAAGGGGCAACGGUGAGACUGGCGGCGUCGGUGACGGUGAAGCUACAGCGGAGGGAGAAAACAGUUACAAGCCGUAUCAAGUCCAGCAGGGAUCUUCCAGAUUUGUUUAUUUUAUUUUUAUUUUUUGUUAUGCUUGGCUUCGUCAUCGGUGUUGCGGAGUAUUCAUUUUCCCAUUUCCUUUCAGUAUGGACACUAGCUUUGAGAUGAAUGAGAUUCUGCUUCUAAAUGAUGUGGAUGGGUUGGGCCCUCGAUCUAACCCAAGUUGGGCGGCACAGAUGGACGACGAAGACAGGGCCGACCUGGAUGUGGCCCCAGGAAGCUCCAGGACGGCCGCGGAACAGGAGAUUGUCGAGAUGGACACUAGCGAGAUCGUCCCGAUCGCAGCCCUAGAAGAGUCGUCUAGCUACGGGAACCCUGUCGGCAUAGUCCUUACAGGGUUGCCCAAGAAACCUGUCGGCAUAGUCCCACAGGAGUUGUUCAGUUUUCGGAGCACGUCAGAAGAAUCGUCUAGCUACGGGAACCCUGUCGGCAUAGUUCUUACAGGGUUGCCCAAGAGACCUGUCGGCAUAGUCCCACAGGAGUUGUCCAGUUUUCGGAGCACGUCAGAAGAAUCGUCUAGCUACGGGAACCCUGUCGGCAUAGUCCUUACAGGGUUGCCCAAGAGACCUGUCGGCAUAGUCCCACAGGAGUUGUCCAGUUUUCGGAGCACGUCAGAAGACUCGUCUAGCUACGGGAACCCUGUCGACAUAGUCCUUACAGGGUUGCCCAAGAGACCUGUCGGAAUAGUCCCACAGGAGUUGUCCAAUUUUCGGAGCACGUCAGAAGAAUCGUCUAGCUACGGGAACCCUGUCGGCAUAGUCCUUACAGGGUUGCCCAAGAGACCUGUCGGCAUAGUCCCACAGGAGUUGUCCAGUCUUCGGAGCACGUCAGAAGAAUCGUCUAGCUACGGGAACUCUGUCGGCAUAAUCCUAACAGGGUUGCCCAAGAGACCUGUCGGCAUAGUCCCACAGGAGUUGUCCAGUCGCCGGUUUCAUUCUGGUAACACCCAGAGGAACCAGUUAAGUCAUGGCGACUCCUCGGUAAACCGCCAGAGCGGUGCGUGCGGUUACGGAGUCGCCGCGUGUGUACGCCGGAAGAUCUCGGAGGUUGGAUCUAGGGGACCUUUCAGGCGUGGCUCUGAAGGGUGGCGACCCGCAAGUUCUCGCCGUUGGGAGCAGUCCCAGCGGUGGAAAUUAGGUAAGUGUCUGAGCGAGCGUGAGGGCCUGAGGUUAUUAUCUUAAUAAAAUGGCGGGGGUGGGUACCUUUAAUAGUUUUCUGUUUUUCUUGUUUUAUUUUAGUUGUGUUUCGCUCCAUUUAGUGUCAGUGAAGUGUAAAUUUGUUAUGUGUCAAACAAUUCUGUUGAUAGAAUCGAUGUGUUUGAUUAACCAGGCACGUGUCCACUUAUUCGAUUAGUCCCUUAUUGGCCUCGCCCACCAGUCCAUUGUUUGGUUACUAUUUAGUAAAUUUGAAUACAUUAUUAGACUGGUUACUUUUGGUCUCCGUGACAACGCAGGGUUGAUUUCACUGUCAUGACAUCCGGCAACUGAUACCGUUUUUCAUUUUUCUGUUCAUGUUUCCCUGAGUGGGAGUGGAGAUGUUUGGGUUGGUAUUGCCACCCGUAAAUAUAUAUAAAAACACUAUAAUUGUUGUAGUGUUGUUGUUAAAUAGUAGAAAUGCAAGCAUUAUAGACAUAUUAACAUUUAUAUUAAUUAUUAUUAUUAUUUCGUACUUGUACUGAUGGUGUGUUUUCACGCGAGUGUAAUACGCCUAAUGGGUACACGUCGCCUCGCUGAAUACUGGGGGAUAGUUGGCGGCAGGGCGAGGUAUUUAGAAUACUCUUAUCAGAUCCAGCUGUGAGCUCUUUCAGCCCACUUUUAUUUAUAUUUCUCUGAAUAACCACUCAUGGACAUGUCAUCAUUGUAUAUUAUGCCAUUAGAAGAUGUAAAUUGUUGCAUGUCAGGAACUGUGGAGAAUUAUUGCAUGUCAGGAACCGUGGGAAACUGUUGCAUGUCACCCAACGUGGUGGUAAAUAUUAUUUAGAUAAGUUUUUUAGUGAAAUUUUAGUGUAACUGUUCACAGCUGAAGGCUGUCCAUGGCUAAAGCUUUGUGGAUUUACUGGCUGGGCGAGCCCAUUAAUCUCUCGGCAUGAGACUGUGAACGGCAAAAUAAAUCAAUACUUAACUGUUAGCGUUGAUUUCAGACCAGGGAUAACUGACAUUUUAUGGAGGGUAUUACACUUUAAUUGGGGUAUGCAUGCAUAUUAAAAUAUGCUUGGUGGUCGUACGAAAACCGGCCAAUGGGUUAAAUUAGUUGUGGUCUAUCUAGGGUUGAGGCCCCCAUUCUGCGCACGUUGUGGCGUGCCUGUAGUUUUGAAACAAUUAGGUCGUCCCGACUUUGGGGAGUCCGAGCACGGUCAUAGAUCCGCUAGGUCGCUGCGUCUAGGCGUACAUCGCAUGGCGAAGGCGCCCUCCUUGCUUACGAAAGGGGCAUUGGGGUCCGAGAGAAAGUCAAUAUACUUCCUUGGGGUGCAUGGGACGGCUUGGGCGCAGCGGCUUUAGAGUACGUUGCAUGGCGAAGGCGCCCUCCUUGCUUACGAACGGGGCAUUGGGGUCCGAAAGAUAGUCAAUAUACUUCCUCGGGUGCGACGGGACGUCUACGGCGGGACGACUAUGACAUUCGGCGGGACGACACCUUUUGUGAGUAGGGGGUCUUCCCAAAAAGAGAAAAGUGAGGGGAGUGUAGUGCCAGUGACAUCUGGUGCCACGCCCCUAUGCAGAGUUGGUACCCGGCUUGCGUCGUUCAUGUGACGGGACCAUGUUGCAUGAUGUGGAGCCAAUCGGAUGGACGCAGAUGCCUGAUGGGAUGACCAUGCUCUCUUGCUACCCGGUCCGCGAACGUGUGCAGACGUGUUCCCUGAGGUAAGUAUUGCCAGGAAGAUAGAUGCCCUGAGGUAAGUAUUUCCAGGAGGAGCAUAAGUGUAAACCUGUGACGUAAGUAUUAGCCUGUGACUAAGUGUCUUGCCCUGGAGGUUUAGCCUGUGCGUGGGGUAGGUAUUCCCAGGAGGAUCGGUUGUCUGCAGCCGACGACGAUUGCGGACGAGCGUUUCCCUCGAAGAGUGUACUGCCAAGGACGACAGUGCCAUCCUGACAAGGUUUACAGUCGAUGCUCAUGCUGGGAAGUUAUAUUUCAAGACCCCGAGGAAGUGUGAGGUGUAUGGAAUCAGCUGUGAAGGAUCUGGAAAGCAGGUGUUUUACCUCGCAGACAAAGGCCAGUCACAUGGUAAAGGUGCAAAUGCUGUGGUCAGCCAGGUUUACCACUUCCUCAACACAAACAGUCUUGGAGAACAGCAUGCUCACUUUCAGUGUGACAAAUGUUGCGGCCAAAAUAAAAACAACAUAGUCAUCUGGUACCUUCUGUGGAGAGUUCUUGUAGAUGCUGAAGAUCAAAACUACGCAUUUGAUUUGAAACAGAUUCACAAGACCCAUAGGAAUCAAAAUGCCUUAACCCUUUACCAAACAACACAUUUUGGACUUUCCCAAUUUGAAAGACGCUGCAGACGUCAAUUGAAUUAAAAUGGAAUAUGAAGGAAAAGAUCAGAAACUCCAAUGCACAAUUGCUGUCUGAUGUCGCUGCGUCUGUGGGGUUAUCGUCAAGGACGGGCCACAACAUCCGCCAGCUUGUGGGGGACACUUCCAAUCCUGUUGUUUUCUUAGACAGGAAGGAUUACCUUUCAACAUUGUUUCACCCCAUAAAGAAUGUCACCAAAUUGAAUCAAUUCCAUGUGUCAGCGGAUCAUCCCGGUGUUGUUGAGUGCAGGGAAUUUAGGGACUCACCAGUAGUCAGAAUCACUCUCAGGAAGGUCUCGAAAGUGAAUGUUAAUGUGAGCUGUGACAACCUGCCAUAAGAAAUGUUUGCGAAAGGGCUUGAUCUGGACCAUCUGACUGUGAUAUUUAUUUGAAAACAUUCGAGAAUUUUGUUGCACAGAUGAACCAAAAAACUUGACAUGUCCGAAACGCGCUACUGGUGAGCGACAAAAUACAGACUGUGCCUCCCAAAAAAGAACAUGCAUUAAGAUGCGCAUCUGAUCUUCUCUGAUAAUGCCACAACAAUUACAUACAUCAUGUAUCAGUGUUUAUUUUGUCCAAGGUAUUGGGUGAUAUAUUUUGCCCAAAACAGUGCAAAAAAUCCUCUACUCCUAGGAAAGCUUAAACAUGUAUACGAGUGCUAAAUGUGUCAGUUGAUACAGGUUUUGAAAUGUUCAAUACAAACGUUUGUUGUUCUAAUUGCAUAAGCAUGUUUUCAAGUUUUUUAUAUCUCAUACUUACAAAACAAAAAUAUUUUUUUCCAUGUUACCAUGCAAUUGUUUUCACCUUAUGGACACAGACUGCCUUUCCGAAAAACUGGAAAAAAAUCAGUGUGAAUAUUGUAUUUAUUUUUGUUUUACAAUGAAAAUCCUAUAUUUUUGUUUGUUUGCUACAUUGUUUCCAUAGUAACAAAAACAAACAAUUUUGAUGUAUAAGUUAUUGUUUAUUUUGUCUAUUUUUCUAUAUCAGAAAUAAUGAUAAAUAAUGAUUAUUUCAUAUACUGAAACAUUGAGUAUCCAACUGUACUUUUAACCAACACUUUUAAUGCUGUUUUUUUCCUUUCUGUUGUGUUUGAGGUUACAUUAUACUUAAAUACACACGUAACUGAUUAAAAAAGGAAAUUGUUCAUGGAACACACAAAUUAUUGAUUGUUAUUGUUUUACUAGUUACAAAACAGUGAAAUUAAUGUUGUGUUUGCCUUUAAACAAACACAUGAUUGAAAAUACAAUUCAUAUAUUUAUAAAAGGUGUGAUUGUGUGCUCUGGUGAUUAUUAACAUGUAGAUCGGUUACCAUAGCAACACAAAUGAUACAUUUUAAAUGUCCAUAAUGCUGUUGUCAGUUUAUUGCACUAUAAUUAUUUAUUUGACUAAAGGAAAGAGUAUUGUUUUAAUAAAACAAUGUGCUUGUUUUUUUGAAUGUUUUGGUUGUUUUUUUGUAUUAAAUGAUAACUU